UCCAACCAAUGCCUUAUAAAGCCUCAGCGUUAUAUCCUUGCUCUUAUAUUGGGGGCAGUACAGUAGCAUAGUGGUUAGCACAAUGCUUUGCAGUACAGCAACCCGGUUCAGCGGGCUUUGCGACUAAGUUUGCUUAUGACACAAAGAUAGGCGGAGGUUCAGAUAGCAUUGAAGAAGCAGGGGGUCUGCAGAAGGCCUUUGACAAAUUGAGAGAAUGGGCAAAGAACUGGUAGAUGGAUAUGGUGUCUGGAAGUGUAUGGUCGUGCACUUUGGUACAAGAAAUAAGGGUGUAGACUAUUUUCUAAAUGGGGAGAAAAUUCAAAAAUCAAGGUGCAAAGGGACUUGGGAGUCCUUGUGCAGGAUUCCCGGAAGGUUAACUUGCAGGUUGAGUCAGUGGUAGAGAAGGCAAAUACAAUAUUAGCAUUCGGUUCGAGAGGACUACAAUAGUUAAUUAUUUAUUUAUUGAGCUACAACAGGGAAUAGGCCUUUCCGGCCCUUCAAGUCAUGUUGCCCAGCAGUCCCCUGAUUUAAUCCCAGCCUAAUCGCAGGGCAAUUUACAAUGAGCAAUUAACCUACCAACCAAUAUGUCUUUGGGCUGUUGGGAGGAAACCUAAACUCCCGGAGAAACCCAAGCAAUCACGGGGGGAGCGUGCAACCUCCUUACAGGCAGCAGCGGGAACUGAACCCGGUACUGCAAAGCAUUGUGAUAACCACCACACUACUGUACCGCCCCAAUAUCAGAGCAGGCAUAUAACGCGGAGGCUUUAUAAGGCAUUGGUUAGACCACACCUGGAGCAUUGUGAGCAGUUUGGGGCCCCUUAUCUGAGAAAAGCUUUACUAGCCUUGGAGACGGUCCAGAGGGGGUUUCAUGAGAAUGAUUCCGGGAAUGAAAGAGUCAAUGAAUAAGGAGCAUUAAAUGGCCCUGGACCUGUAAUCCUGGCGUUCAAAAGAAUAAGGGGGUAUCUCAUUGAAACCUAUCACAUAUUGAAAGACCUCGAUAGAAUGGAUAGAGAGAGGAUGUUUCCUAUAGUGAGUGAGUCUGGGACCAGGGGACACAGCCUCAAAUUACAGGUAUGGCCAUUUAGAGUUGAAGAGGACUUUCUUUAGGCAGUGGGUGGUAACAUCUGUAACAUUGUCACCAACGACUGGUGGUCAAGUCAUUGGGUGUAUUAAAGUUGGAGGUUGAUAAGUUCUUGAAUAGUUAGGGCAUCAAAGGCCUACAGGAGAAUGGGGUUGAGAGGGAAAAUGGAUCAUCCAUGAUGAAGUAGCAGACCAGACCUGAUAGAUCGAAUGGCCUUACUCUGCUCCUAUGUCUUACGGUUUUAUGGGUUCAAGAGAGCGCUUUGCCGCUCUCCCUCCCUUCUCCAGGGUAAGGAAGUACAACAAACUUUGGUCAUGAUAGUACUAUUCACAUACAGUACUUGGAAAUGUCUGCACAAACAUCAUUAAACAGUUCCCGGUUAUUCUCUUGAUUUGGUUUACGCAAGAUUGCAACUCAAACAAAGUCGUGGUUGCUUUGUCACAGGUUACACAAAUACCGCCCAGAAUCGAGCCUCCAAUUGUCUUGGUUGCAGAAGGAGGGGUAUUCGAUCUUUAAGUCAGACAUUUGGGCUGCGCCGCUGAUUGUCCCGUCCUCGCUGCAGAGGUCUGAUACUGAACUUCCGCUUUUGGCACGGUUUGCAGUCGGGGGAGGGAGAGAGAGAGAGUCAGACAGGUAACAAAGUGGAUUGCAGACCAAGAUAUUCAUGCAGGUUGGAACCACGCAGGUUCCCCUUGAGAAGCAUCGUGCAAUGCUCCAUCGAAAGUCCUACACGAUCAACGAAACGUCCAGAAGCAAAAGGAAUUGCAGCCCUGCACCGCAAGCGAAAUUCACCAUGGUGGAUCUGAGCACGGCGAACACUUCCGCCGGUCCCACCAGCCAAGAGGCAGAUAACUCCGUCUGCAGGCUGCAACCGGCCGGCAGGGAGGAGGCGAGGACCGAGCUGGAACCUCGGCAGCGCCAUCGACUCCCCGUCCCCCAACUCACCAUCACCUCGGAAGAAGGGACGACGCAGGAAAGCCUGGAGUUGGAGCUGGACUCCAACAUCAGAGUGCGCCGCAAGCUCUCCAACUCCUCGCUCUCCUCCACGGGCUCUUCUCUCCUCGAGGAGUCCGAGGAUGACCUGCUGGAAGGUCAGGCGCAGGACCUGGGCGCUGAGGAUCACCGGGACUUCAGUCUGAAUAACCCCCGGGUGAAAGCUAAGAGGAAAGAACACUAUUCACCUUUCAAAGUCUCCUUCAAGAAGGAAUAUUGCUGGAUUCAACUGGCUGGUCAUUCAGGUAGUUUCAAACCAGGGGAUGGUGGGAAGAUCCUGAAGAAAUAUAGUGAAAAUGAGAAGAUGUGCUUUGAGCAACUAAAAGCGGACCAGUUGGCUCCUUUUGUACCAUGUUACCACGGUGUGAUCAAAAAAGGAGAAGAGCAGUACAUUGAGCUGGAUGACUUGUUGGCCGAGUUUGACAGCCCGUGUGUUAUGGACUGUAAAAUGGGAGUAAGGACGUACUUCGAGGAAGAGCCAAUGAAAGCUCGAGAAAAACCAAAGCUGCGGAACGACAUGUACAAGAAGAUGGUAGAGGUUGACCCUCUCGCACCGACAGCACAGGAGCACGCUCAGCAGGCCAUUACCAAGCCACGUUACAUGCAGUGGAGAGAAUCACUCAGUUCUACAGCAACACUAGGCUUUCGCAUUGAAGGUGUUAAGAAAGCAGACAAUGUAGGCAGCACAAAUUUCAAAAAGACCAAAACGAAGGAACAGAUUCUUCAGGUGUUUGAAGACUUUGUCGAUGGAAGCAAGAACAUCAUGCAAGCCUACCUGAUACGACUGCUUGAGAUCCGGAAAGCCCUGGAGUCUUCUGACUUCUUCAAAGUGCAUGAGGUGAUCGGGAGCUCUUUGCUGUUCAUCCAUGACAAGAGUGAGCUAGCCAAGAUUUGGCUGAUUGACUUUGGCAAAACCAGAAAGCUACCGAAUGGACAGACUCUUAACCACCGCCUGAGGUGGCAGGAGGGCAACAGAGAAGAUGGCUACCUCUGGGGGCUCGACAACAUUAUUAGCAUUGCAACCAUGAUCUUGGAGGACAAGCGGUGAUUCCUGGCCAGGACUUUCUUUGUCAUGGGUUUUCCGUUGGGGACCUGCAAGGUUAUCUGACUAGGUUUUUGAAUGUGGGUGCAUUACUACAAUUCCUGCUAGUAAGACAGUGGGCAAAAAAAAAAGAGAAAGAAUGAAAUGGUGAGACAAAAUUAAGGUUUCUCCAUUGACCAGAAAUUUUCUUGAGAAAUGGGCUCACAUCAUGAAUGCAAUAAUAUCCAGAGGAAAGUAGUCUCUACACAGUGAGAGGGGUCAGCUUGUCAAGUAGGAAAUAGGGUUACUAUCGUAACAGAACAGUUGCAAGUGAUUGUUUUAGGCAAAACUAAAAAAACUUGGGCUUUUCCCCCUGAAGAAAUGAUGAGUUCAGAUGAAUAUUGAUGAAGCUGCUGAUGACAAGCUUCUCUCCAGGUACUCACUUCUGCCUCCUUGUGGCCAGUUUAAAAGCAGCAGCAGCCAAGGACAUUUGGUUCCCAGACUCCCCUUGGCCCUGCUCUGUAACAUAUCCUUGUUACCUCCUUUGCCUCAAGUGUAAAAUGGCAUCUGAGGUAGGAAAUAGAUUAAUAUUUUUCUAAGGAAUUUUUCACUGUGUGCCUCCUUGCAUUUCUAUUACAGCUUUCACAACCUCAGGAGUUUUUUAAGCCCCUUUCAGCAAACUUAGUACUUUUCAAGUGUGCUCACAGGAAAGCAACUGGUCAAUAUGUUCGCAGCAAGCUCUGGGCAAGCAACAAUGACUGAUGGUUGAGUUUUAACUAUUGGCCAGGAGGCCAAGGAGAAUUUCACUGUUCUCCAGAAAUGUGUCACAAAACUCUUAUACGGACUGAAGAACGUGAUCGAAAGGAAGUCAGUGCAAUUCUUGGCAUUCAUCUGCAGUGUGAGCUGAGAUCCCAGAGUGGGACCUGAGACACAGUUAGACAGUCCUUCUGUAAGGUUGCUACAAGCAAGAAUUUCAUUGCACCUGUACCUCACAGUACUUGUGCACAUGACAAGAAACUCGACUCAAUUUGAGCUGAUGUUGUUUUUUAAAUAGUUAGUGUAGACAAGGCUUUGCUAUUUACUUGGAGCUACCUGUGACAAGCCACUGAUUAAGUGGAGCCCAAUGUGAUGCAGACACUGACAAACACAAAGAUAUAUUACACUAAAACUGCAAAUUUUAAAAGUAGUAAUUCUGACCAAUAUUCACUGUAAUGACUGCACAUUAAAACAGAACAAAGAAACAGUACACUAGACAUUUCCUGUUGCUAUGUCUUUAAGAACUUAAAACACAGAACAGCACAGUACUUUCUUGGCCCAUAAAAAAGAUGUUUUGUAAUAUAUAACAGAUACAAUGGAUUAUAAAUUCAUUGGUUUGCAUACCUGCACACAAUAAAUGUGUAUAAAACAAACAUUCUCACUUCAAAGCACAAAUGUAACAAGUUGUUAACAUUCUGAUAUUAUUCAGCAUCCCGCAGUGUAAAACUCUGAGAGACCUGCAUCCCUUUACUGGUAUGAUCUAGGACCCAUGUCUCCUAGAAUAAAUCUCUGGCCAUUCUUUAAACUAUCCGAUAUCAUCAUUCUCCUCACCCUAGCACUCUAUAUAUCAAUCACUCCUCAGAGCAACAAUAUAUGCACCUCCCACACUGUAAGAGACUGAAAUAAUCCACCCUCUUACAUGUGCUACACACAUUUUGAUAUACCCUACAUCCUCUAUGUAACACAUUAAUGUAUUCUCCCACAUCCAUCUCCAUAACACGGAUGCAUUCUACACCCUCACACUGUAACACUUUUAGACACAUAUUUAUAAAACACUGAUAUAUUCUACAGCCCUCCCUGUAGUCUCAUAACCUGACUAUAACACCCUGGUAUAUCUCAAGACCUCUUUAUAAAAAUCUGAUAUACUCCACGUCUCUUACUAAAAUACUUAUACAUCCCAACCCCAAUUGACAGACUUUAAGAUGCCCCCAUCAUAGGAGAUAAACUCUCUGCUUCUUUUUGUACCACUUUAAAAAAUUUCCAUCAUAUUACCUUGCCAGUGUCUAAACACUGAGCAGUGGAAACCUCAUUAAUGUAAUCUCCUUUAUCAAUGUAAACCUUAAAAUUCUGCCGUUAUUCAGGUGUAUGUAGUUUUGUAAGACAAUAAGACAUAGGAGCAGAAUUAGGUCUUUUGGCCCAUCGAGUCUGUUCCAGCAUCUCAUCAUGGCUGAUCCAUUUUCCCUCUCGGCCCCAAUCUCCUGCCUUCUCCCCAUAUCCCUUCAUACCCUGACGUAAUUGAAUGGCUGAGCAGACUCGAUGGGCCAAAUGGCCUAAUUCUGCUCCUAUGUCUUAUGGUAUAAUGGUCUAACCAAGAAUCUACCAAUCUCUACCGAAUCACUUGGCCUCCACAGCCAUCUGUAGCAAUGAAUUCCACAGAUUCACCACUCUCUGGCUAAAGAAAUUCCUCCUCACCUCCAUUCUAAAAGGAUGUUCCUCUAUUCUGAGGCUGUAUCCUCUGGUCUUAGAUUCUCCCACCACAGGAAACAUCUUCUCCAUAUCCACUCUAUUGAGGCUUUUCAACAUUCUAUAGGUUUCAAUGAGGUUACCCUUCAUUCUUAUGAAUUCCGGUGAGUAGAGGCCCAGAGCUAUCAAACGUCAUAUGAUAAAGCCUUUCAGUCACUGAAUCAUUUUCAUGAACCUCCUUUGAACCCUCUCCAAUGACAGCACGUUGGGGCCCAAACUGCUCACAGUACUCCAAGUGAGGCCUCACUGGUGGUUUGUAAAGCCUACUCCUUGCUUUUAUAUUCUAGUCCUCUCAAAAUGAAUGCUAACAUCACAUUUGCCUUCCUCACCACUGACUCAACCUGCAAAUUAACCUUUAGGCAAUCCUGCAUGAAGACUCCCUUUGCACCAAAGAUUUUUGAAUUUUCUUUCCAUUUAGAAAAUAGUCUAUGUUUUUAUUUCUUCUACCAUACCAUACACCAUGACCAUACACUUCCUGACUGUAUUCUAUCUGCCUCUUCUUUGCCCAUUCUAAUCUGUUUAAAUCCUUCUGUAGUGUCUCUACUUACUCAAAACCACCUGCCUCUCCAUUUGUCUUUGUAUUGGCCAUGAAGAUCCACAUCAUUGACAUAUAACAUAAGAAGAAGCAGUCCCAAUGUUAAGAGCAGACAUUUUUCCCAAGUAAAUAUUAGGAAGAUGAAAGCCAUCACCUCAAGCUCCUGUAAGACAUUUCAUUUUCUAGCCACUGACUCCAAUCUAUUCCCUGGCAGCAGUUGGAACUUAACCAAUUUCUGUUAGAGCUCAUCUGAUGCUGAUGCUCUGGCCCACAUUUUUAUUGCUUCUAAACAUGAUAUUCUAUCAGUCACAUGGUUGAUCUGCUGUAAAUUUGAGAUUGCAUCAAAUGCUUUUCCAUCCAUUUCCUAACUUGCAAUCACCAUCAUCCCCUGUUGCUCCCGUGUUUCUGACCAGUGUCGAGUCUUCCAUUUUGUUUGAGUAUCUACUUAACAUCUCCAUGUGGUUCAAUGUUAACGUUUGUUUGAUAUCACUACUUUGGGACAUUUUGACUUCUUAAAGGUGCUAUCUGACGCAAGCUGUUGUUUGAAUCUGCUAAGGCCAAUAUAUCCUUCCUGAGCGCACUCCAUUAGCUUAUCCGUACGAUGGAGCUGAUGGUCCAGCAUUUAUUGGGCUCCCUUCUGGAGCUCUCCAGCUACUGAAGGACUGGCCUUUCCUGAAAGAUUUACUCUUUCUCCCUACUCACUGAUAAUGGGACACUCCAGUUCCAAGAUAUGGUGACCCAGCAAACCUGAGAAAAUGCAGAUCAGUUGCCAGUCCAAGGUGAACUCCAAAAGCAAAGGCGAGCUGCUCCGCGCUACCUCAGUUUGACUCAGUUGACUAAAGUUAAGAGUAGUGCAAACAUUUGAUGCAGAUAGUUGUAUCAAGUUGAUCGACCUAUUGUUGGGACACUCCAUUUCAUCUACUGAAUCAGGAUUCAAAUGGACCAGUUGCUGUGAGUGCCACCUCUCAUAAUCUCUAGUAGCUUCCUUCUAGGGUGGGUAGCAGAACAUUGCCUUCCCUUCCUAUUAGUUACACUUAGCUUCCAGAGCUGGGGUACUAUGGUGCUGAUAUAAUGAUUAAGUGGCUGCAUAAAGGCCUGCCCUAACCACUGAGAGAAACGAGUCCACAUCCUAUCGUGCAGCACAGCGUCUGUAACCUGGCAACACACUGGGUGUGAUGUAGAAUCUCUGCAGAUGUAUGAAAAGUAUUAUAACUCUGGGAACUUCCUGGUGAACUCUGGUUCAAACUAAUUUAAGUGUGACUUAUUAAAUGUGCCCCAUGAGCACCAGAUCUUGGGUCUUCCAAGCCAGCACCUUCAAUUGAUAGCAAUUUCAAUUGACAUCAGUGACUUUGGCAAGUCAGAUCUUCUCUUUUGUACAAGGUGGAAGACAUUUUCUUUUUAUUAAUACACCAUUUGGGUUUUUAACUGAAAACCUGAGGUCUUAAUAGUUAACUCUACUGAUACCAGCUUGUUCAAAAAUUGCAUUAAAAUCACAAACUGUCUCAGUGGAAUUUCCAGGAGCUAAGCUGAAGUCCAGAGCAAUAGAGGAUGAGGUGCUGGUGUUAAGGAUAAAGUUUCAGAGUGAGAGAAGCAGGGAGAGAGUUGCUUUAAAGAAAAGAGGAAACCAUAUGAAAGGUAGAGGAAAAAAGAGGAAAGAACAAGGAAGAAAAUAAACGAUAAACAGAAAGCCAAAUAAGGGAGUAUGUUCUUACAUAUUCCAUUUAAGUUUUUUCAUUGGUUUUCUUAUAUUUAUACUUGUAUUCCAAAUGUAAUGUAAUUUUGUUACCUUGUGUUCUUCCUACCAUUGUAUAUGAGCAGAAAAGAAAGUUUAAAAAAAAUUUAUUUAGAUCACUGUUGGGUACUCCAUAGAUACUUCUGUAUCUAGGUCCUCGCUUACCUAUUGAGAAUAACAAUAGAGGUCUUCCUUUCUAGGUCACAUCAUUAAGAAGCAAAUCCAAAAAACCUAACAACUGAGUUUUCUGUCUUGUUAGGUUGCCAAAGUAUUGACUACAGCAAAGUAAACUCUCCAUCUCCGAGGGAGAGAAUCAGAGGCAUUCUGACUGUUCAAGUUCAUAUUAAGGUGUUCUGUAUCAUUUGUUCUGAAGUGAGGAAGGGAGCUAUUGUGAAUUAUUCUGGACUUGGCUGAAAGCUGAAAAUUAUCCUGUAAUUAUUCCGUGGAGAAACAGCUGAUCUCUAUGCGUUGGAGCAAAUUUUCUAACAAAUGGGGAUGCAGUGACUCCAGAGGAAUUGCCACUGUUUAUAACUGAACACUACUGAUAAUUGUUAUAGAGUGAUUUUGUACAAUGUAGUAGGAAAUGGGUUGUAAAAUAAAUUGUUAUUGUAUUUACUGUG